GACUAACUGUGGAACCCAAGCCCCCGCGGGGGAGGGGCUCUCCCUGUGGGUGUGGGGGGGUAACGUCUCCCUGUCCAUCCGUCCCCCCCAGAGAGCAGACGCGGUUCCGGGUCUUCGUGCUGCUGCCCCUGCUGCCCGGCUUCGAGGGGGACAUCGCCGAGGGGGGCGGGAACUCGAUCCAGGCCAUCCUGCACUUCACCUACCGGACGCUCUGCCGGGGCGACUCCUCCAUCCUGUGCCGCCUGAAAGCUGCCAUCGGGGACGAGUGGAAGAACUACAUCUCCAUCUGUGGGCUGCGCACCCACGGGGAGCUGAGCGGCACCCUCAUCACCGAGCUGAUCUACAUCCACAGCAAGAUGCUCAUUGCCGACGACCGCCGCGUCCUCAUCGGCUCUGCCAACAUCAACGACCGCAGCCUGCUGGGGCGGCGGGACAGCGAGCUGGCCGUGCUGGUGGAGGACACGGAGCUGGUCCCGUCGCUCAUGGACGGGGAGCCGUACCAGGCGGGGAAAUUCGCACUCAGCCUGCGCCUCGACUGCUUCAGGUCGCUUCUGGGGCAGUCGGGCGCCUCCAGCCUCGACAUCCAGGAUCCAGUCAGCGACCACUUCUUCCACGGGGUCUGGAAAGCCACCGCCCUGGGCAACGCUAACAUCUAUGAUCAG